CGGACCAUCUCAUGACAUGAUUGAAUCAGCGUUUGGAGUUACUAUGUAACUAGCCUCAGUAGGUCCAAGGUUCAGUUCAAACAAUUAUCUUCCACUUAGUUUGCUGUCACUCACCUAGAAGCUGCUGUUGCUCUUGGGGGCAAAAUAUUCGAAAUGUUGGCAUAUUUUCAGUUUUUAGUGAUUUGUCUUUGUGGGACUGGAGUUGCGAUUACAAAGGCUGAGAGUGGGCAGUGUAUCUGGUAUGGACAGUGUGGAGAAACUACUGCAGGAAAGCAGAAUUGUCUGUACCAAGGACCCUCAAAAGUCAUGGAGGACCCAGAGGGCAUGAAAAUACUCAAAACCUACUGUCCAGAUCUCGUCACAGGAAACCAGACAGAAACAUGCUGUGAUGUUGCCCAGUUACGUACCCUUCAGUCCAACAUGGGUCUCCCUCAGCAAUUUUUCUUAAGAUGUCCAUCAUGUUACAACAACUUCCUGAACCUGUACUGCUAUCUUACCUGUGGUCCCAGUCAGAGUGAUUUCCUCCGAAUCAACGGAACAGUGGAUGGAAACAACGGAACAUACGUCAAAGCAGUCGCUUACUAUCUGACAAAUGAAUAUGCUCAAGGAAUGUACAACUCCUGCAAAGAUGUCCAAAUGCCCUCAGCCAAUGAGAAAGCUCUCAGCAUUUUCUGCGGAAGACCAGCGGCACAAUGCACAGCCCAAUCCUGGCUCACCUACAUGGGUUCAACGGCUAAUGGCCACACUCCAUUUGGGAUUAAUUUUGUAAUUGGGGAUAAUAAUGUCACAGUAGCUGACAAUUCAACACACAAUUCAACAUACGUUCCCAUGAACUACACCAUCACACCCUGUAACAUGCAGUACAAGAAUCGAUCAGCGUGCAGUUGUCAGGAUUGUGAAACUUCUUGUGCUCCAGUACCCCCCAUUCCUCCUCAACCAAAGCCUUGUACAAUCCUACACAUUGAUUGCUACUACUUUGUCUUUGCCAUAAUAUUUCUGGCCUUCAAUCUUUUCUUCUAUAUUUAUGUCAUCUGCUACAAUGUCUUGGUUCGGAACUCCUUGGGAGUUAUGGAUACCUACUCACGAUUGGACAGCGAUGAUGAGGAUUAUACAGGAGCUUUCUGUGUUAAUGGUGACAAAAAGAAGAGAGCCAGAUAUGGAUCACAAGACCAGAUGUCAAAUUUACCAAAAGUAUCACAUGCAGAUAUCAACUGCCUAGAGAAAAUUGGUUCUUGGACGGAGUGCAAAUUAGAAUCUUUUUUCCGGGCUUGGGGUACAUUUUGUGCAAGACACCCUAUUCUAAUAAUAGUGUUGGGUCUAGCCAUAGCUGGUGCCUUAUCUGCUGGUAUUGCUGUCUUCAGAGUGACCACUGAUCCGGUCAAGCUCUGGUCAGCCAAAGACAGCCGGGCAAGGACAGAGAGGGACUAUUUUGAUUCUCAUUUUGGGCCUUUUUAUAGAACAGAGCAGGUAAUUAUAACUCGUCCCCAUAACAAGACCGUUGUCACACAUAAGCUUCCUCCACCCUCAGAAGAAGUUGUCAACUAUACCAGCCUCUUUGACAAGGAGUUCCUUCACUUGGUUUUAGAUCUACAGUUGGCCAUUGAGAAUAUCACAGCAGAAUACAACGGGGAAAAAGUCACUUUGGAGGACAUUUGUUUUCAGCCCUUGUCUCCAGACAACACAAAAUGUACCAUCCAAAGCAUUCUACAGUACUUCCAAAACAACCAUACAGAAAUAGAUAAAGUCAAAAUGGAUGAAUAUGGCUUCUUUGUGUUAGCUGACUACCUUGAUCAUCUAAGAUAUUGCUUACAGGCACCUGCAUCAACACAGGACACUGUGGGACUGAACAUAAGCUGUCUAGCAGAGAGUGAUCAGCCUAUCUUCCCAUGGAUUGCACUGGGAGGGUUUGAUGGAGACAACCACAACUCAUCGGAGGCCAUUGUCAUUACAUUUAUUGUAAAUAAUCACUUGGAUGAAGAAAAGAAUAAGAAGGCAGAAGCUUGGGAGAAGGCAUUCAUAGAACACAUGAAGGCAUUCUCAAGUCCAGACAUGACUGUAUCAUAUUCCUCAGAACGUUCCAUUGAGGAUGAGAUUAACAGAGAAAGUAACUCUGAUGUUCUGACAAUUCUGGCCUCCUAUCUGAUCAUGUUUGGUUAUAUUGCUAUUACACUGGGCCAAUACAGAGACUGUGUGGACUUUUCUAUUCCUAAACUGAUGAUGGAUGCUAAGAUCACCCUGGGUUUGGCGGGGGUCGUGAUUGUCCUCCUCUCUGUGUCCUCCUCCCUGGGGAUGUUCAGCUACUGUGGGGUUGCGGCUACCCUCAUCAUUAUAGAGGUGGUGCCUUUCCUUGUGCUGGCAGUGGGAGUGGACAACAUAUUUAUUUUAGUGCAGACUUUUCAGAGGGACAAGCGAAGACCCAAUGAAAGUAUUGAGGAACAGAUUGGUAGAAUUUUAGGCCAGGUUGGCCCCAGCAUGAUGUUAUCUAGUUUCUCCGAGUCCAUUGCCUUCUUUUUAGGUGCCUUGACUAACAUGCCUGCCGUAAGAGUUUUCUCCCUUUAUGCGGCCCAGGCUGUCCUCUUUGAUUUCCUCCUACAGAUCACUGUGUUUAUUGCUCUCAUGACACUUGAUGCCAAACGACAAAAGGACAACAGAUUUGACAUGUGCUGCUUCAUCAAAGUGUCGAACCAGAAAUCCCUGGAUGGAAACUCGGGAGGAUGUCUUUAUAAAAUUGUCAAAGAUUACUACUCUCACUUUCUACUGAAGGAGUGGGUCAGACCUAUAGUGAUCACCAUCUUUACGUUUUAUUUCUGCCUCAGUGGAGCUGUUAUUCACAAACUCGGUAUUGGAUUGGACCAGAAGCUCUCAAUGCCAGACGAUUCAUACGUCCUGGACUACUUUAAGAACCUGAGUGCCUACUUACAUACAGGUGCCCCUGUAUAUUUUGUGGUUGAAGAAGGACUAGAUUACAAAUCGCUGUCAGGCCAGAAUGCAAUCUGUGGAGGGAAUGGCUGUCCACAGGAUUCUCUUGUGGGUCAACUAUUUACUGCCUCUGGACAACCUAGCUACACAAAGAUAGCACAGCCGACCUCUUCUUGGUUAGACGACUACUUGAGUUGGCUCUCCCCCGGAGGUGAUCCCCCAUGCUGCAGAGAAAACAGUAAAACACAUGGGUUCUGUCCCUCCAUGGACAACAGUUCUACUUGUAUUGGGUGUCCAAUGGGAAAGUCAAUACAUGGAAGACCAAAUAAGGUAGAUUUUAUGAAGUACCUGCCAUGGUUCCUGAAAGACAACCCAGGAACAAAGUGUGCUAAAGGUGGACAUGCAGCAUAUGGCAGUGGAGUUAACCUUAUUAAAAACAAAACCGAUGUUGGAGCCACGUAUUUCAUGACUUAUCACACAAUAAUGACGGAGAAUGAGGAUUAUAUUAGUGGAUUAAAGAUGGCCAGAAAGAUAGGAGAUAACAUCACCAACACGCUGAGGACCAUGCUUAAGAACGACAAAAUCACUGUGUUCCCAUACAGUGUUUGGUACGUGUUCUAUGAGCAGUAUCUCUCCAUUGUUAAGGACACCAUUGAGAACCUGUGUAUCUGUAUCGGUGCCAUCUUUGUGGUCACCUUCCUCCUCCUGGGCUUCGACUUCUUCUCAGCCCUCAUGAUCCUCAUCACCAUAGGGAUGAUAGUGGUCAACAUCCUGGGAUUCAUGUACUUGUGGGACAUUACUCUUAAUGCUGUGUCUCUAGUCAACUUAGUCAUGGCUAUUGGUAUAUCUGUGGAAUUCUGUGCCCACAUAACCCGGGCAUUUGCUGUCAGUUUACAGCCCACUAGAGUGGAGCGGGCUCGGGAUUCUCUAGCACACAUGGGCAGCUCUGUUCUGAGUGGAAUUACACUCACCAAGCUUGGAGGAAUAAUCGUACUAGCUUUCUCCAAGUCCCAACUCUUCCAAGUGUUCUAUUUCAGAAUGUAUCUAGCUAUGGUUGUGUAUGGGGCAACUCAUGGAUUAAUCUUCUUGCCAGUUAUGUUAAGUUAUAUAGGUCCCCCUUUAAAUAAGGCCAAAUUAUACAAGCACCAAAACAAAAUCGAGCAUGAAACAAAUGGUAUAACAGUAAACAGGAAUAACCAAUCAAAUUAUGAAUCCAUUACCAGCUGAGUGAAGGACAGCGAUAUUAAUUAAACAAUCAAUUUCAUAUUGAGAUUAGUGAAAAGUCCAAAUUACAUACAGUGGCUGCCAAACAAACACUGAUUCAGAGUGCAUGGAUGGAAAUCUUUCAUAGAAUGGAAUAUCAUAAUAUUGUACAUUCCAUUUUCCAAUGAGAUUAUUUAUAUUUUCACUGUAUGUGUAUGAGAUAAUAAUGUGGUAUACAUAGGUAAAAUAUGGUUGAUUUUCGUUGCACUGGAAAAUGCUGGUUGUUACAUUUCAAAGUUUUUCACCAUAAUUACCGGUACAUGUAUUGAAGAAAAGUUUUUCAUGAUGCUAAAUUUUUAUAAUUUUUUGUAGUAUCCAUUUAAUGUUGAAUUUUGAGAGGCAUUGCUUUUUAUUAAGUAAUACCUGGCACAUUAAUGAUUUGAAGAAGAGCUGAGGAUUCAGACUUUUAUGUAAUGUCUAUCUGAUAGAAGUUUUUCUUUUCUUUUGUUAAUUCGUUAAUAUAUUCUAUAUAAUGGUGGUAUAAAUAUUUGUGUGCAAUUGCUUAUUUAUGAAUGUAUGUCAGAGAAAUGAAUGCAUUGUUUUCUACAUGUUAUAUCCGGAUAGUGCUCCUCAAAAAGUGCUCAAACAAAUAAAUCAUGCGUAAAA